GCUGCUCAGGGGCGCCGCGCUCCCUCCAGCACCCCCGGCUCGGGUCGGGUGCAGCCCCGCGGAGCGCCCGCUGCCGCCGGAGCCCUGCCCGUGCCGCGCCGCGGGGCCGCCGGCAGCAGCGACACCCCCGCGCUCGAGCGCACUGGGACGGUCCCGUUGCUAUGGCGGCAGCGUCUUGCGGGCGGGAGGAGCGAGCCAGUAUGGCCGCGCUGGCCCGGCUUCAGGAGAGACUGGCGGGACUCCGGGAGGAGUAUUUCCUUACGAACAGAGCUAUAGAUGAAGACAGAAUAAUAAAGUACAAAGCUGCUGUCAGGAUCCAGCGCUGGUUUCGAGCAUGCCGUGUCCGAGCCUAUCUGAGAUAUCUGAGCAAAAUGGCGACUUUGAUACAAAAGUGGUGGAGAGGUUAUCUAAGAAGAAAAAGCUUCAAAGAAGUAGUGGAGAGAGCAUAUUUUAUUAAGAAGGAGAAAUUCUACAAUGAAAUGGCUGUCAGGAUCCAGAAAACGUGGCGAGGCUAUUACGUUCGGAAGUAUAUCCAUAAUUUUUAUGCACUGAAGAAAUACCUGGAUGCUGUUUCUGUGAAUAACGAGCUUGUCAGGUAUGAACUUCAAGAAUUUGCAGAUAUGAAGGAAAAUGAAGAGAAAAUGAAAGACCUGGAAAAGAAAGAAAAGGAAAAGAAAUACCAAGCCCGAAAGAUGCAUUACCUCCUUAGCACUAAGCAGAUUCCAGGUGUCUACAAUUCACCAUUCAGAAAAUCCCCAGAUCCAAUGGAGCUGCUGCUACAGCAGUCAAAGCCACUGACCCACAGGAAGCAGCAAGUGAAGAGUCCCUUUGCUGAUGAGCUCUAUGGCUGGCCAACCUGUAAAGAGCCUCCAGGUUUUGUGGCAUCACUGCCUGUGCUACCUGCUGACAGACAGAAACCUCAGGGGCCGUUCCGCGAUCCCGCUGAGGUGCUGCAGCAGCGCUACAAGCCCAUGGAACCAACCCUGCGAGUGAGAGAGUCCAUGUAUUCAUCACCCCCCAAGGCCAGAGAGCCAACACGAGGGGAGGAAUGGAGAGAUCCCAUCCAUGACAAUCAGUUUCUGCCAUUUUCUUCAUAUCAUAAAAAUCAUGAGAAGUAUGAGCCAUCACUUUUUACAUCAGGCAAAUAUGGCCAAGAAGCUUAUGGAACUAAAUAUUUCAGAGAAGUAUAUCCUAAGAAGUGGGUAGCAGACAAGGACUUUGAAACACUGUUUUCAUCAAUUGCUCUCUUCGAAAAGUUUGGAAAAACUUACUCCAGCACUGGGCAAAUACUGUAAUUGUCCUGGAGACACAUCGAAAGUAGUCAAUAAAUGUAUUUCAGCAAAUAUACAGCAGUAUAUUUGUCCUGGAGACACAUGAAAAGUAGUCAAUAAAUGCAUUUCAGCAAAUAUACAGCCGUAUGUUGACUAAAUGUUCCAUAAACUACUCUUUUUGUGAUGGAUACUGUGUCUGAAGUAGUUUUAAUUGAUUUUGCUUGAACUUUAGGCAAUAUGGCUUCCAAGAAUUAUCAAAAAUGAAUUUAGAAAAAAGUUUUAUCUUAAAGUAAUAAUUUCUGAAAAAAACUGUAUUUUAUUUAGUAUAAAUAAUUUAGAAUACAAAAUCAGAGUCAUCAAGUGAAAUACUCAGAAUCAGAUUUAUUUAUUACACAUUUUUAAGUGAGGUUAACACUAAAAAACAAAAAUGUGUAAAAUUUAUCUCUUUUUUUCCCCUCACAACUAUAAAUGUAUCUGGUUCAUCACUGUUAUUCAUCAUCUUCAGUGUUAGGUAUCCUUGACUGAUCCGUGACUUCAGAAGUGCAGGAUAGGCAUUAAAUGGAAGAUAACAUAUUUUAAAUCCUGUUAGCAUUUCUGUGGGUGAAAGAACUUGAGUUUUAAAAAAAUAAAGUUCUGAUAACAUAUAUACACCUUAUUACUCGGUCAGUUUUUCUAUUUCCAUUUAAUUGUCUUUAUCAGUACCUGUGCAUUAACUCCUUGUCCCAUAUGCUGUGAGUACAAAAUUGUGUGAUGCUUGGUCAGAAGAACACAUUUGAGCACGCAAAACUUAUGCUUGUUUCCUCUGUUCAUUCCUGCAAAAUAUUGAGUAUCCUCAGAGCCCAUCCACUUCAAAAAGCUCAAAGAAUUCAGCAUCACAGGAAGAUCUCAGCAUAUCUAAAGAUCAAAUUACAAGCUAAUUCUUAAAAUCAUGUGAGUGGAUUUUUACAGGAAUUUUAUGCUGAAUUUUCUGUGAUACCAUAUUUGCUUUUCAUAUCAUUUGACUAUAUUUGAAUCAAAUAUUGAUUGUUUAUCUGUUACUCAAGGGUAGGCUUUUUAGUACUGUUUUUUAAAUGUGAUUCUUAUGGCCCCAAUAAAUGUGAAUUAAACUUC